AUGGCUGUCUCGUUGCUGGGCGGCGUGGAGCCGAGCGCGUCCCUAGUGGGCAAGUCCCUCGGGAUCGCAGCUCUGGCCGGGCUGGCGAUGUUCUUCACGCGUCUCUAUCAGGCCAGGACCCGAUUCCGGAAUAUGAUGAAGAAGCACCACAUUCCCACCUUGCCUCACUCGUUCUUCUCUAAACUCGGAAUAAUAUACGCCAUGACCAAGGCGUACCCAGAAAUCUGCGAGACCGGCCUGGUAUAUUUCGACUCGUGGCCCCUGAGCGAGGCGACACUUGCUGUCUUCGACCCUGAUCUGAUGGCCCAAUUUACCCAGGACCAGGACAGGUCCUACUUGAAGUCACCCAUGUUCAGCGUCGAACUGGAGCCCCUGACAGGUCUGAAUGAUCUGGUGACAAUGGAGGGUCAGGAAUGGAAGACCUGGCGUAGUGUCCUUAAUCCGGGCUUCUCAGCCAAAAACCUCACCGCCCUCCUGCCCGCCUUCCUGGAGGAGAUUCAAGUGCUCAAGGAGAGGCUUGUGAAGGUUGCUGGGUCAGGGGAGGUGAUCAAGAUGGAGGAGACGAUCCAGCGGGCUACCGUCGAUGUUAUAUGCCGGGCAGCAUUGGGAUUUAGACUGCACAGCCAGACAAGGGAGACCCCAUUUGUCACGACGCUGCAAAGUCAGAUAUGGUGGCUUGUCUGUGACACAAGCCUUCCGAACCGAAUCGAGACCAUGAUCCCAUUCAGACGGCUCAUUCUGUGGGACAACAACCGCAAGAUGAAGAAGUUCCUCGCCCCCUUGAUCGAGGAAGACAUAGCCAGGCUGGACAGGGGCGAGGUCUCCCAGGCCAAGACCAUCAAUUACCUCGCCAUCAAGGCUUUCCAGUCCGAGGUGCAGCAGUCAAAUGGCUCGGCCGCCACCACCAGCAAGACGCCGCGCGUCGACCCCAAGUUCCUCGACUUCGCCAUCUCACAACUCAAGAUCUUCAUCUUCGCCGGGCACGACACCACCGCCUCCACCGUAUCCUUCGCCUACAGCCGCCUCUACCGCCACGCAGACGUCCUAGCCAAGACCCGCGCGGAGCACGACCAGGUCCUGGGCCCAGACCCGUCGCAGGCCUUCGCCCGGCUGACCGAGAACCCCGAGCCUCCUCAACCAGGUGCCGUACACGACGGCGGUGAUCAAGGAGACGCUCCGCCUGUACCCGCCCGCGGCGACGGAUUCCUGACGCACCCGGCCACGGGCAAGGUGGACCCGACCGACGGGCUGCUGCUGUGGUCGACGAGCUUCGCGACGCACCGCAUGGGGGCGUACUGGGCGCGGCCCGACGAGUUCCUUCCCGAGCGGUGGCUGGUGCGCGACGAGGGCGACCCGCUCCACCCGCGCAGGAACGCGUGGCGGCCGUUCGAGCUGGGGCCGAGGAACUGCAUCGGGCAGGAGCUCGCGCAGGUCGAGGUGCGGGCCAUCCUGGCCAUGACGGUGCGGGACCUCGACAUCGAGCCGGCGUACCCUGCUGGUGCGCCCGAGGCGCUGGGCGAGAAGGCGUAUCAGGCGAUGGGCUUUGGUGACAUUACUGGGCAUGUGAAGGAUGGGUUCCCUGUGAGGGUUAAGUUGAGGGCUGGUGGGAAGUAG